AUGAAAUCCUUCGUCGCAGUAUUGUGCCUGGUGGCGUGCGUGGCUGCCGAAGAGAAUGUACGCGAGAAGCGCGGCUACCUCGGCGGUCAUUCGUCCAUCGGAGGCUAUUCCGGCAUCAGCGGUUAUUCUGGCAUCGGUGGCUAUUCCGGCAUCGGUGGCUACAGCGGCCACUCCGCGCCCGCCGCCCGCAUCGUCUCCGUCAACAAGGUGGUGAACGUGCCGAAGGUUGUCAGCGUGCCCCAGGUGGUGAACGUGAACAGGGUUGUCUCCGUGCCACAAGUGGUCACCGAGAACAGGCUGGUGGCCUCCCCCAGCUACUCGUCUGGUUUGAGCGGCGGCUACAGCGGCGGCUACAGCGGUGGCUACAGCAGCGGAGGCUCCAGCGGCGGAUAUGGCAGCGGCCACCUCAGCAGCUGG